AUGAAUACUCCUCAGAAGAUCCAGCUUACUCUAGAUUUCGGCCAGAAAGAUAUCGGACCUAGGCUCUGCAAGGAAUGCCAUAUGGUUUACACAGUUGGAGAUGCCGCUGAUUUAAAGUCUCACGCCAAAUAUCAUGCGAAGUUUUCCAACCAAAUAGUUAAGGUGAGAUAUGUUCCUACUAAAACGUUUGUCUUAGAUGCCUUGUUAUUACCUUUUGCUGAUUUAUAGAUGUAUUUCAGUUGUCUCAGAUAAAAGAUGGGAGGUGCCUUAAUGUGUGCUAGUUCGUCUGAGUUGUACCGUCUCUCAUAGUUCUAUAUCUGAUAAUUUACGUAACAGCCAAUUAUAUAAGCAAUUCACCUCAUUCCUCUUUAUAUCGCCUGAUGGCCUUGCAAUCGUAAAUUGUAGUUAUUUUGCCCUAGCAACAUCCCGGAGCUCACUGAACUCUGCUCAUCAAGCCGGCAUAUACUUCUUCACAUUUGUUUUAUACGGAUAAUUCGACCGUAGCUAACGACACUGUCCACCGCUGCCCUACGAGGUGGUCUGAGGAAUGACGUGCGCGUGAACUUAUUUAUGGUGUUGCAGACUUGCGUAGUAUCAAUGUCUCUCUCCCCAUGACUACCGCACUCCGGUGGCAAGACGAUAUCAGGUCAAAUUGAGAGGGGCGUGAACAACAGUGGCUAACAGCUCUAAAUGUCCCGCAUACACGUGCCACAUCCAAUAUAGUUCCCGCUUUACACAUACUAGGCUGCAAUAAGGCGUAAGGGGGGGGAUCACAAAUCUCAAGGUAGUGAGAAUUCCGCAAAGGCUACAUAAGAGUGCAUUUCAGGUCGCCCCUCAGUUCUGAGAAGGAUUGACUUAUUUCGUCGGUCGACAACCUUUCAAGUCAGGACCCUUAGUGCUUUGUGAUAUAUUCUUAUACUUACUUGUACUUGGCACGGCUGCGAUCAUACCUGACCUAGCCGGCCUGUCUGAUGUCACAAACUGUACCUCUCCACGCGUGACGAUCCGCGGCAGCAUAUGUGGACAGUCAAACUCAUUCUCUUCGCCAACCACGGAGACCGAAUACCGAACGUCCAAGAACCACCAUCAUGUCUUGACGAACCGUGUCGAGCCAGGUUUUGAGUUGACCCUCUCCGACGCCUCCAGUGGAUAACGGUUCCGGAUCAAGGGCAAUAACACUGGGCUCCUGAGGUGGACGACGAAGAACAUGCCCGAACGACCUCACUCACCUUUCUUGGAUGGCUUGAGUUAUUCUUGCGAUGUUGUCGCAGUGGGUGCGGACUGUCUCAUUUGAGGUGAAGUCGAUGUACUUCACUCGAAGGAGGGUUCCUCAGGCAGUGGUGGUCAAAUACCUCCAGUUUUCGCUCGUUCUCCACACGCACAGCCCAGCAUUCACAACCAUAGACGGACGAACCGGACAGAUGCACGGUACAAGUAAAUCUUGGUGGCAAUGGAGAUGUCGCGUCGGAUCCAUAUGCAUUUUCUAAAGCUUCAGAAAACCUGUCGGACAGCAUCGAUUCGGGAGACCGUGUCAUCCUUACUGUGGCCAUUCGGCGGCAGCCUCACCCCGCGGUAUUUAAAACUGUCUACUUCUUCAAGUUGACAGCCAUUAAUCCGGAGAAGUGCCUUCUCCUGGUCAGCGAUGCAGCUUGAAAACACAUUAGUCUUCCCAACGUUUAUGGAUAAACCGACCGAUUUAGCAACCUCGUUCACCCGUGACGCCAUAUACUGCAGAUCACCAAAACUUGGAGCAAGUGAGGCAAUAUCAUCGGCAUAGUCGAGAUCAGUCAGUCGGCGUCCGGGUAGGAACUCAGCACCAUAACCUUCGUAGUUGAACAGAAUGGGCGGCAGGAUACAACCCUGUCGAACGCCAGACCGAAUACCAAACGGUUGGGAAAGAUUGUUGCGGACCAGGACUCUCGCAGUAGUGGAGCGAUAAUAGGCCUUGAUCAUGGCGAUAAUUUUUGGCGGUACGCCAUCUGGUGCUAUUAUCCCCAUAGAGACUCACGAUGGACGAAAUCGAAUGCAGCGGCAAAGUCAACAAAGCAGACGGCCGUCGGUUGCUGGUAGCUAUGGCGAAAUUCGAGAAUGCGCCUCAGUGUGAAUACUUGGUCCCUAAAUCCACGUUCAGCCCAAAAUCCGGCUUGGUUGGGCCUCGUCCGAGGGUCACACACGGUCUGGAAUCGUCUGAGUAGGACAAUAGCGAAGAUCUUCGCAGCAACGUCGAUGAGGCUUAUGCCGCGGCAGUUCCCGCAUCUUGUCUUAUCUCCCUCCUUGAGGAUAGGUAUUAGGAGGCCGAACCCCCAGUCAUUAGGAGCAGCCUCGUCUCUCUACGCUUGUUCAAUCACCUCAUGGAGCCAGGGCGCCAGAGUGUCGACACAAGACUUGUAGAUUUCAGCGGGUAUACCGUCCUCUCUGGGUGCCUUAUUGUUUCGUAACUUUCGUAUGGCAUCGGCGACUUCUCCUUCAGAGUGGCGGGUCGCGUGGCACUGCGUAGGUGGGAGAGGGAAGAAACUCCGCUGAUAAGGAGAGCAAGGGUGAGGUAGGUUUUUGUAUCGAAGUUGAGAUGGUGCUCGAAGUGUUCACCUCAGUGUUCGACUUUAGCCGAGUUGUUAACAAUAAUGCCGCCAUUCAUGUCCCGAACUGAGUCACUCAGUGUAGAGGGCUUAUUACCAACUUGACGGAUAAGUUGGUAGAGUUUUCGGGUGUCACCAACGUUCGAGGCCUGUUCCGUGGAGGUCGCUAUUUCAGCCCAAUAUUGCUUCCGGUCAUCCCUGGCCGAUUUUGCCGUCAUCUUCCGAAGUUGGCGGAAGCAGUCAUCGUUACGAGACCUGGCUCGAACCGUGUGAGCAGACCACUGCAGGUUUUUUCCGCUGAUACAGUCACUGCGGCGUCGCUGGGUGUGUCCAAAGACUUUCUCAGCUGCCCCAUAGACUGAUGUUUUCAGUGACGACCACUGGUUACUGACUUCUCCGUCGGCUCGGGUCGUAAAACAAGUCCGGAUUUCUCUGCUCAGGACCUCGGCAGUGCUAGUUUGCCGGAUUUUUGCGACAUCGAGGCGUCUAGGACGUGAAAUUUUUGGCACGGAUGAGAGAUGAACUUUCAAGCGUGUACGGACCAAUGGACGUUACCAGUCUCUACACCACGCAUCGAUCUGCUAUCGUGAACCCAGCUGCGGAACCGUGAGCUGACUAGUAUGUAGUCAGUCUGACUGACCAUAUGACUGUCGUUUGAACACCAGGCCAGCAGACACUGAAAACACGUUGGUGACGAGCAGUCAGUGGAACCAAGCCCAAAGCGGCCAAGACGAAUGUUUGUUGAGUCGCCAGGUCCAGUCCGACCAUUCCCAUCCUCGGCAACAAUCAGCACAUCGCGACGAGGGAGUCUUUCAACUAACGUUUGCAACUGUGAGUAAAACGCCUCCUUAACGCGCUGUUUGGCGGCUGAAGUUGGUGCGUACACAGAAACGAUGGAGAUGUUCGUGAAGUCACCUUCACGCAGGCCAUCCGGUCAUUCACUGGUUCCCAAGCAAGUAGCGCGAGGUCCGCUUUUUACGAGAGGGCAAUGGCCACCUCGUGUCUACCGGAAGAGUCCCGCGGGCCGCUGUGGCAUAGGGUGAAGUGUGAUUCGACUCCAGAGAUCUUUAUUUUCUUGAGAGCCCGAACCAGGAAGUCAAACUUCAGACAGACAGCAGACAUCCACGUUGUACUGAUCAAGACUGCGCGUGAUCAGACUUCGGGUACCGGGAUCCAGGUACGUUCGCACUUUCCAGCAUCCCAUACCAAGAGUCCGUCCCUAACUAAUUAGUCCAGCUCAAAUACUAUUCGCCCGCACCACUGCACCAGAUUUGCGGGGCGCGUCGAUUCCCGCGGACGCCGUAGCAUUGGUGGUGAAGCUGUGGUCGGACAUAUUUCACGAGGUUUCUUGGAAAUUUCGAAUACAGGCGGGUCCCCAACAGUCGCCCGGAUUGUUUGUUCGAGGUUGUCUCCUCUAGCGCUUUCGCUUCAAAACAUAACCACACGGCAGCGCUGGCAAGCAAACUUAUUUAAUAGCGGUUUACGGUCGCCAUGUCACAGUGCCGUCAUUGAGCUUUGCGGCUUUUUUUUACAAGGCUUUCAGCGUACGCGUCACAUUGAUUAUAGAGAGGAUUACGCUGAUUUGGCAGGAGGAUGGGUUCCCUACUGUCGACUUUCACCUUUCAUUUUUUAAAAUGCCAAUGGCUUGUCCGGGCCAAGCCUGCCGGGAGUGACAUUGGGUGCAGUAGCUGACAGGACCAGGCAUCCCGUCCGUGCGUGCCGCACACAGCCUGGCCCCCAUCCUACUACGGCAAAUGACACGUCUCGCAUGAAAGUGAGAUGUGCAGUUUGAGUGCUACGUCCCGUCCGUCAUACCGGCACUAGCAAAUCGAAUUGCAUGAAUACAGUGAAAUUACCUGUGAUGUGUCGUUAGUAAGUAUCGUACAUGUCCGUUAUGGAGUUGGUCAACGUAUAGCCCAGGUAUGUAUAGUGUGCACGUAGGGAAAGAUGUUGCGAGGACCUCGACGGUUUUGUCUUACAAGACUUUCGUGGAUGCCUCUGUGACCCAAUGUCCUGGAACAGCGUUGCCGGGUGGGAUGUAAAUGACAGACGUACGUUGGGACCCUGUGCACUGAUUCGCUAAUCUCGAUGCGGUGGAUUCGCGUGCGACCGAAGGUGCGGUUACGAUCAAAACUGUGUGGAACUGUGCCCAUGAUAGUGGUAUGGAGUAGACUGAUGACUUGUGGUUCUUGGUAUCAUGAAUUCCCUACUUGUCACGUAGUCUUCAGUCCUCAAGGCAGACACUUGGGGUCACUGUCAUUCAGUUUCCCCGUCUUGGCUCUCAGUUCGUCGGUGUGCUUCUUGCAAGACCUCAUCCUAAGUACUGAAAUUCGUGUGUUUUCUUUGCAGGUUUCACGUUGGCAAAAUCAGAAAGUCUUGGAAGAAUAUUUUGACGGUUCCAGGAUCAUUGAAAUUCCUCAGGAUGAUCGUAUUGGCAUGGCGUUAUUCCAGCGUCUUUCGGAACUUAUGGCCAGAGAUCUCGGAUAUGACCGUCCUACAUAUGACGUUUCGAAGCAUUUAAAUCACUUUUGUGAUACUUCGGGUGAUAAGUUGCCCCCCUAUGUACGGAUAUUUGUGUUUGUUGAAGGCAAGAAGAAAACUGCCGUUGGUUGUUGCCUUGCAGAAGAGUUGACAGUGACGUCAACUCAGCAACACGGUUACGACCUUCAGCGGCUUACUGGUGGCCUCAGAAGUCUGCUUUCGUGGCGUAUUCAGUCUGGGCUAGUGGACGGGGACAACGCCCUGACUGGAAGCGCAUCCGAAGCGAAGACUUGCCCAGCUAAAUCUUCCUCCCAGCUACCUUUGUGUGGCAUUCGACGUUUAUGGGUUUCACCACAGCAUAGGCGUCAGAAGACGGCUACCACUUUAGUCGACUGUGUCCUUAAAAAUCUCUAUUACUUGACACAUUUGACCCGAGACCAAGUUGCCUUUUGUGAGCCAACUGCCGAUGGUGCUGACUUCGCAAAGAGUUAUACCGGCCGAGAGGAUUUUAUAAUCUACUAA